CUGUGCGGAUUCCCUCCCCUGCCCUGGCGGUUGCUCCUGUUGCCUGGUGGGAACUUGAGAGAAGAGGAGGGGUUGGUGGGGUGGAAGGCGCUCGUGACCCGGCCCGUGGAGAUGGCUGGCGUGAAGGAGCCGAUCGAGGUGAAGUUCCGGCUGUCCGACGGCACCGACAUCGGGCCCAGCAAGUACGAUCCCAACACCACCGUCGCCGCGCUCAAGGAGUUCGUCCUCGCCCGGUGGCCGCAGGAUAAAGAAAUAGCUCCAAAAACUGUCAAUGAUGUGAAGCUCAUCAAUGUUGGAAGGAUACUGGAGAAUAGCAGAACUCUUGCUGAAUCUCGUGUCCCAGUUGGAGAAGUUCCUGGAAGUGUGAUUACAAUGCAUGUUGUUGUGCGGCCUCCCCAAUCUAAAAACAGUGAGAAGCAACAGUCAAACUCUCCGAAGCCAAACAGAUGUGGAUGCACGAUAUUGUGACGUUGAUGCAAGUAGCAAUGUGUAUAUCGGUGUCCACAGAGAUCAAUCACAAGUUCAUUUAGCAAUUGAUUCAAUCUAUUCUUCACAACCUAAGCCUAGAGUUGGUGUUACGGCCAGUCACAUCUGGCUUGAGAAAUUGAUGCUUGCGGUCGUGUUCGAGUGUGCAAGGAGUUCACAGGGUCCUGGUAAAACCCUGAAAUCGGUGUGGACUCAAGGAAUUGGAUGUUUGCUAUUCUGUAAUGUGUGGAGACAGUGAUACCAGAAGUGAGUUGCUGCAUAGUUACAUCGGAGACAA